AUUGAAGAAUCGUAGCAGAACAAAUUCACAAUACGGUGAAGUUCUUUACUUGAAUCGUCUUUUUCGAUAAUCACCUACUUGCUUCAAUCAGAAUGAUAGACCUAUCUACUAUGUCUCCUGCGGAGAUCACCGUGAUGGGAUCCGUGUUUUGCGUUCUGCUCUCGAUGCACUUCACUAUGCAGCUCGUAUCCCAGCACUUGUUUUACUGGAAGAACCCGAAAGAGCAGAAAGCCAUUUUGAUCAUUAUACUCAUGGCUCCUGUUUACGCUAUCAACUCUUUUGUGGGCUUGUUAGAUGCUAAGGGAAGCAAACCCCUCUUCAUGUUUCUAGACGCCGUUAAGGAUUGCUAUGAGGCACUUGUCAUUGCUAAAUUUUUGGCUUUGAUGUAUAGUUACGUGAACAUAUCAAUGAGCGCACGGAUUAUCCCGGAUGAGAUCAAAGGGAGAGAGAUCCACCAUUCAUUUCCAAUGACUCUUUUCGUUCCUCGGACCACACAUCUGGAUCACCGCACACUUGAACAGCUCAAGCAGUGGACAUGGCAGUUUUGUGUUAUCCGCCCAGUGUGUUCCAUCUUGAUGAUAACACUACAGCUCCUCGGGAUUUAUCCUCCGUGGUUGAAAUGGGUUUUCACCGUCAUUCUAAACGUUUCGGUAUCUCUGGCUUUGUAUUCUUUGGUGAAAUUCUACCAUGUUUUUGGCAAAGAGUUGGAGCCGCAUAAACCGCUCACAAAGUUCAUGUGCGUGAAAGGGAUCAUCUUCUUCUGCUUUUGGCAGGGCGUAGUGCUGGAGAUAUUGGUGGGAUUGGGAUUAAUAAAAUCGCAUCAUUUCUGGUUGGAGGUGGAGCAGCUUGAGGAUGCUCUGCAAAACGUGCUUGUGUGUCUUGAGAUGAUCGUCUUCUCUGUUAUGCAACAAUACGCUUUUCACGUUGCUCCUUACAGUGGAGAAACCGAAGCUAAGAUGAGAAUGAACAAGAGGGGUUGAUUCGGAGAGAAAACAUUUUUUUUUCCAAAUUUAGACCAGAGAAGAUUUUUAGCUUUGUUUUUUUGUUUGGUUCAAAUGUUUUGUUUCUCAGAAGGAAAAUACUAAUAACAGUCAAAUCUAUCUUUUAUGAACUCUUCCUAAACCUAAAGUUUCUUUUUUGUUU